AUGGCUGACAAAAUAAAAAAGUUCUUUCAAAAGAAGAAGGUGGAGGCAAAGUUUAAGUUGGCUGGACCUGGUCAUAAGCUAAGUGAACCUGCUAUCAGUAGCCAGAGUUCUGUAGACUCAAGACCUGAGACGCAGAUAAAACGAACUGGGUUAUCAGAGGCCAGUAAGACAGCAGCCGAAGCGGCAUUGUCAAGACUUUCCUUGAAGAGAGAGAAUCCAGUAUUUAAUACUUCUCUUGCAGCAAUACAGGCGCAAGUUAAAAAGGAGCUAGAAAAUGAAAAAGCCAACGAGAGGGAGUUAGCUUCCCAAUCAAGCGUGUCAUCAAAUGAAAAGCAGGAGAAAGAAAUUGAUCUGCCCAAGAACUAUGCCGCUUCAGGAGUGUACUUUAAGUGCCCAAUUAUCAGCAAUGAUAUUUUACCCCGGGAUGAGUGGAAGAAAAAUAUAAAGACAUUCCUUUACGAACAAUUGGAAGCAGAGAGAGGGCUUACGGCCUGUCUUAUAAUACAGUCUUGUAAUAAUAAUAAUAGAGAAAAGAUUGACACAUGUGUGGAGACUCUCUGCAAGUAUCUUGAAAAUCUUAUUACAUAUCCCGAAGACGAGAAGUAUCAAAAAAUUAGAAUGAGCAAUAGAGUAUUCUGCGAACGCGUACAACCGAUAGAGGGCGCGAUAGAGUUGUUGUUCGCGGCCGGCUUCAGGCAGGAGAAGCUCACGAACACCAACGGAGCCGAGGAGGACUUCUUAGUGUUCCACACAGAGAAUGUGGAAUCUAUUGAAAGCUUGACCGCGUUAAUCGAGGCAUUACGGUCUGCUGAGCCAAUACAACUGGAGUUGGACAGAAACCUGCAAGUGUUACUGCCAUCGCAAGCGGCGAACAAAAUGCAACUCCCUGCAUCUUUCUACGCUCUCUCACCAGAGGAGAUAAAAAGAGAACAACAAUUGAGGAUUGAAGCUAUGGAGAGAAGUCAAAUGUUAAGAACUAAGGCAAUGAGGGAGAAGGACGAAAUUAGAGAGAUGCGGAAAUACAAAUUCGCCAUUAUAAGGGUACGCUUCCCAGACGGCAUAUUGUUGCAGGGAACAUUUUCCGUCUACGAACGCUUUACCGAAAUCCACGAUUUCGUCCAAGAAAACCUGGAACAUAGUGGACUACCGUUCAUUCUAAACACACCUACUGGACAAAAGUUGAAUUUAGAAGACGAUGCGAAUAAGACCCUUAUUGAUCUAAGAUUAGUACCAGCCACGGUGCUCACUUUCGCUUGGCACUCGUCGGUCGCACAAGAAAUCCAAAAUAGUCCUAAUAAAGACGUGUACUUGAAACCAGAAGUUUUGGUCAUGGUACAAGAGCGAACAUUCCGGGAGAAGCGUGUUGGUCAAUGGAUUAUGAUAUCUGUAUUGGCCAUUGGACUCAUUAUCUUCAUAAAAAAACUCAAAUUCUUACGAUAA